AUGUUUUCUCUAACGAUUUGGUUCAGUUUUCUCUCAGUCGUGGGGGCGAUUCCGGGUGCUCAGUUUCCUCAUGCGACUCCAGCUCCUUACUACGACGCUCGAUCGAAUUCCGGAUCUCAUAGUAAGAGCUGGAUAAAUUAUACUGCUGUGCCGGGAUUCUUUUUACAAGAUGAAGCGACGACUGUUCCGUCGACUUUCGAUUAUACUCAAUGGAAUUUUGGUCUUCUAAAUCGAACUUACCCUACGGAUUCCCAUGCCUCUAAAAAUACAAGUCAAUGGGAAAGAUUUGAGAAAUAUCAUAAUGCUGCUGAGACUUAUUAUGGAACUCCUGCUUGGAAUUGCUACUAUUCCGAAAUGGAUGGUAAUGCCACGGUCACAUGGGCAGAUGCUCAUUUGGAUCCUAACGGGAUUACCCAAGCUCAAAAAGCAUCAAACUACUGGCUUUCCCGCAUUCAACUCCAAAACAUCCCACUUCCACAAUCUUACUAUACCUCUCCACUCUAUCGCUGUCUUCAAACUUCCAACAUUACAUUCUCUACCCUCCCUCUUCCUAAAUCUCGUCCCUUCAAACCACUGGUCAAAGAACUUCUCCGAGAAGGUAUUUCAGGUCAUACUUGUGAUCGAAGAAGCAACCGCACUUUCAUCCAUGAAUCAUUCCCCUCAUAUAAAAUUGAGAAAGGGUUCCUAGAGAAUGAUCCAUUUUGGAAGGCAUUGGAGGGUGAAAUUUCUAUCGAUCAGGAUGUUAGAAGCAAGAAGGUUUUGGAUGAUGUUUUUGGAAGUGAUGAUCAUACAUGGUUGAGUAUUACAAGUCAUUCGGGAGAGAUUGCUAGUAUUUUGAGAGUUCUUCACCACCAAGUCUUCAGCUUAGUAACCGGAUCCAUCAUCCCCGUCUUGGUAAAAGCCGAGACGAUUUCCGGAAGCCCUACUUCCACUUCCUCUCUACCCUGGACAACCAUAUCGACAUGUACUAGUCCUCCAGCCAACACAGCUACCUCAUAA